GGUCCUCCACAUGAAAUGAAAACAUUCAGCCUUCACUUGCUGUGUGGUCUACAGUAGAUUAGAAGAAAAGGGACUAUAGUGCCUUUAUUAAGAUAUUUAACCCAGCUAACUAACUACUGUAGUUAAUUUACCUAUAGGUAGAAAAUCAGUGUUUAGGUUUAACACAGGAGCAGACAAAUAACUUAAAUAGACAGCCUUUACAGGAUGCUACAAGACACAUGAUAGCUAUUCGAGCUCUAUUGAACUAGUUUCAGUAAAGCACAGGUAACAGCUGUCUCUCUCUCACAUUUCUCAGGGUGUUUUAUAUGUCAGGGAUCAUUUAUCUGAGCUGUUAAGUAGCGCUGCGGGCACAGGGAAACCCCCCUGCCCUCAUCCCCGCCUAAAGCUCCUCUCACCGCGGCUCCAUUUCCGCACUCCACACAGCCGGGAGAGUGGAGCGGGACGCGGGCUUACGGGGUCCCCCGAGCGGAUCGGCGACUGUGGCCAUCCCGGUCUUACCGGCGUUACUGGACGACACUAUGGUUGCGGGGAAAGGCGCGGUGAAGGGCUCGCUCUGGCAGAACGAGAGAGUGCGGUUUGCUGUCUGUUUCCUCGGAGUUUUCAUCUGCUACUUCUACUACGGGAUACUGCAGGAGACCAUCACACGAGGAGACUACAGCCAGGGGGAGAAAAAGGAGAAGUUUCGUUAUGCCACCACUCUUGUCCUUAUCCAGUGCAUCAUCAGUUCUGUCUUUGCCCGAAUCUUGAUCCAGUUUUUUGAGGGCUCCAGGCCAGACCACACGCGGAGCUGGCUCUAUGGCGUGUGUGCUUUGACUUAUCUGGGGGCCAUGGUGUCCAGUAACUCUGCUCUGCAGUAUGUCAACUACCCCACACAGGUAUUGGGGAAGUCAUGUAAACCUAUCCCAGUGAUGAUCUUAGGAGUGACCAUUCUGCGGAAGAAGUACCCCAUGGCCAAGUAUCUGUGUGUGCUCCUGAUUGUUACUGGUGUGGCACUUUUCCUCUACAAACCCAAUAAGGGCUCCACCACCUCAGAUGAACAUAUUUUCGGUUUUGGAGAGAUGCUGCUGCUUUUGUCUCUUACCUUGGAUGGUCUGACGGGCGUGGCUCAGGAUCAUAUGAGAGCACGUUUCCAGACAGGAGCCAAUCACAUGAUGCUGAACGUGAACCUGUGGUCCACGCUGUUUUUGGGCUCGGCUGUGCUGUGGACAGGUGAGGUGUGGGAGUUUUUGAGUUUUGCUGAUCGCUACCCCAGCGUCAUCUACAACAUCAUGCUCUUUGGCAUCACCAGCGCUCUAGGACAGACUUUUAUCUUUAUGACGGUUGUGUAUUUUGGACCUCUGACCUGCUCUAUUGUCACGACCACGCGGAAGUUCUUCACCAUCCUGGGCUCGGUGCUGCUGUUCGGAAACGUAAUCAGCCCCGUGCAAUGGUUCGGAACCAUCCUCGUUUUCUUGGGUUUGGGGCUCGAUGCCAAGUUUGGAAAGGCACCCAAGAAGACUACACACUAAAGCACAAAGAGAAUGCCUGAGCAUAUGAGUGUGUGAGAGUGUGUGUGUGUGUUGACUGGGUGAGCACACACACUUGUGUGCUGAACUCAUAGACAGUAAACUUAAGAAGCAUCUGUUUGUCAGUGCACUAUUCCCAUCAGUGGCUAAUCUUAAAGACAUUUAUAUAUGACUUAUUUUUAUGGCAUUGAAUAUACUGGAGUUAUCUGCUAGCCUUGUUGAACAGGGACACUACGGCCCGUGUGCAGAUCUCCACUCAUCAGCCCCUGCUUGCACAGCAGCCAGGAUUUGCUUUUAGGUUCUAGAAAGUAAAGGGACAGAGUAUGAAUUGUGAAUGAGGAAUAGUCAACAUAUUGCACAUUCUCCAGCUUAGAACUGCAUUACCCAGGGAUCCUAGCACCAUAGGAACAUGAGCAUUGCAAGAGAACGCCGAGUUUUGACCAGUCAUUGUAAAUUAAACUCAGAUAACAGUUUUAGUCUUAUUUCUGCUCUGGAAUUUGUAUCAAUACCUCAUUUUUAGUUCGUAUCAAGUGUCCUGAAUUAAUGUUUUGGAAUCAUAUUUUGUUUUCAGAACUGUAAAACUUGUGUUGUGUUCCAUUUAAGAAAGAUGCGCAGAUGUCGGAAUUUUUCGUACACACACAGUACUGUCCAGAUUCUAUCUAUGGAGAUGUUUGAAUGCUGUCUGGAUGCACAAAAUACUGUAUCAUUUUUUAUCAACUGUUAUCACUAGCGGUGCUAACCUGAAACAAUGCUAACAAUGCUAUAGCUGAUAUCUGAUGAAUGCUAAGCUGGAAGGCAGUCAGACAUCCGAGGUAAAUGAAACGCAGCUUCAUUCAUUCAUUUGUUCAUUCAUUCAUGAGUGUGUGUGUAAGUGUAUGUGUGUGUGUUUACAUGUACACGCUCCAUCCAAGACCUACAACCAGUGUUCCGUUAUGUCCACACAAACUAGCAAACCACACUCAGCCAGAUUCUAUUCUAUUCUAUUCCUGAUGAAAUUCAUUCCGACCUGUUCACCGCAAAUCUUUCAUGAAAGACAAACAUGGAACGAGUUUUCAUAUGUUUGCAUUCAUGUCUGUCUCGUUUACUGUCUGUUCAAAUGUCAUUUUCCUCUCCGUACAUUUUAGAGAAAAAUAAAAAAAUGUUUUGGAACAAUU